UGUCUCACAGUCAUACCUACGUAAUAGAAGCUACAACCACCGGUGACUAAAUAAGUCACAAAUAAACACUGGUUUCAAGCAAAGACAAAGCGAUCAGAAACACUGAUAAUCAGUACAUCAUCUAUACAAUCAGGAGACAUUUUACGAGGAACGCAUUAGUACGAAGAUAAAGACAUUAGUGAUUUGACAAAUCGGCGAUAUCAGUUAUGUCACUAACUCGACGUUGCUUUUUAUCCUUUUUGGCAAUAAUAACCAGACAGGGGUGUAUUGUUGUUAGCUAACGAAAACUGGGCCGUGUCGGCCUUGUCAGGCCAGGGAGUGUCGUGAUGUCCAUGCUUAUGAGAAAGCUGCUGGAAAACUACCUAACCUUAGAUGGUUGAGAUGGUUGAUCUACGUCCUUGUGCGUGUCUUAUUUCUGUCGGACUGGUCACUGUGACAUAUUAAUUGCAUAUACAGUUGUCAUGCUACACAUUGAUUCGCUGUUCGUCAUUCUGUGUAUGAUAGAACACAAGCUAAGCCCUGCAUGCAGCAAGCAGUGUGUAACGUUAGAUAGCAGUUUAGACAUAGCCGGGUAGCUACUAAAAGCUAGCUAGCUAGAAAACGUUACAGAUAACCCACUUAUGUGCACAAAACAUCAAAUAUACUUGCGAAUUAGCUAGGUCAUUUCAAUUCUCUCAGGGUAUGCAGAACUGCAAAUUAGGGAGAUCAGAGACGAAAUGUGGAGUCAGAUGCAAUGUGACGUUAGCCUUCCCAAAUAUUUCAGUUGACGACAUUUCGCGGCAGUUUACUAGUGCCAGUGCCUAUCAAUUAUAAGUUAGUUCGCAAUCAACGUCACAUCAACCUCUUAUCUGUUACGAUUGAGGUCCAUCAAAAGUACCCCCCCCCCCCCAUCCAUACACAGAGAGCGUUAUCAAAUGUAGUUAUUAGUUGGUGUGUCGUUUUAUCCAUCCUGAUAGUUUUGCCUGUUGCAUCUCAUUAGUUUUCAUUUCUUGUAGAGGCCUUGUGUAGUUCACUCAUCCGUCCUUUUGGUUUUUGUGCUUUGCGUUGCGUGUGUGGGUCUGUGUGUGUGCUCCUCUGUCCCCUCUUGUGCAUGUGCAUGCUGCCGCACAGCAGGAUGGAGUGGCAGCCAGACGAGCAGGGAUUGCAGCAGGUGCUGCAGCUCCUGAAGGACUCUCAGUCUCCGGACACGGCCACACAGAGGGCUGUGCAAGAGAAACUCGAGCAGCUGAACCAGUAUCCUGACUUCAACAAUUACCUGAUCUUUGUCCUCACCAGUCUGAAGUCUGAAGAUGAGCCCACUCGGUCCCUCAGCGGCCUCAUCCUGAAGAACAAUGUGAAGGCUCACUACCAGAACUUUCCACCUGCCGUGGCAGAUUUCAUCAAGCGGGAGUGUCUGAACAACAUUGGUGAUCCGUCCCCUCUCAUCCGAGCCACUAUUGGUAUCCUGAUCACCACCAUCGCCUCUAAGGGGGAGCUGCAGACAUGGCCAGAGCUGCUGCCUCAGCUGUGCAACCUGCUCAACUCCGAGGACUACAACACCUGUGAGGGCUCUUUUGGUGCACUGCAGAAGAUCUGUGAGGACUCCUCUGAGCUGCUGGACAGUGAUGCACUCAACCGCCCCCUCAACAUCAUGAUCCCCAAGUUCCUCCAGUUCUUUAAACACUACAGCCCCAAGAUCAGAUCUCAUGCUGUGGCAUGUGUUAAUCAGUUCAUUAUCAGCCGAGCCCAGGCGCUCAUGGACAACAUCGACACCUUCAUCGAGAGUCUCUUCGCGCUGGCUGGUGAUGAAGACUCCGAGGUGAGGAAGAACGUGUGCCGGGCGCUGGUGAUGCUGCUGGAGGUCCGCAUCGACAGGCUCAUCCCCCACAUGCACAGCAUCAUCCAGUACAUGCUCCAGCGCACGCAGGACCCUGAUGAGAACGUGGCGCUGGAGGCCUGUGAGUUCUGGCUCACUCUGGCGGAGCAGCCCAUCUGUAAGGAGGCGCUGUCUGGCCAUCUUGUCCAACUCAUUCCAAUCCUGGUGAAUGGAAUGAAGUAUUCUGAGAUCGACAUCAUCCUUCUGAAGGGCGAUGUGGAGGAGGACGAGACGGUGCCGGACAGCGAGCAGGACAUCAAGCCGCGCUUCCACAAGUCGCGCACCAUCACCCUGCAGCACGAGGGAGGGGAGGGCGAGGAGGGCGAGGACAUCGACGAAGACGAGGAUGACGACGACGACACGCUGUCUGACUGGAACCUGCGGAAGUGCUCGGCGGCGGCCCUUGAUGUGUUGGCUAACGUGUUCCGUGACGAUCUACUGCCCCACCUGCUGCCCCUGCUGAAGGGCCUGCUGUUCCACCCCGACUGGGUGGUCAAGGAGUCGGGCAUCCUGGUGCUGGGGGCCAUCGCUGAGGGUUGCAUGCAGGGCAUGGUGCCGUACCUGCCGGAGCUGAUCCCCCACCUCAUCAUCUGCCUGUGCGAUAAGAAGGCCCUGGUGCGCUCCAUCGCCUGCUGGACGCUCAGCCGCUACGCCCACUGGGUGGUCAGCCAGCCGCCGGACGCCCACCUCAAGCCCCUGAUGACCGAGCUGCUCAAACGCAUCCUGGACGGGAACAAGAGGGUGCAAGAGGCUGCUUGCAGUGCGUUUGCCACCCUGGAGGAGGAGGCGUGCACGGAGCUGGUGCCCUACCUCAGCUUCAUCCUGGACACGCUGGUGUUCGCCUUCGGGAAGUACCAGCACAAGAACCUGCUCAUCCUCUACGAUGCCAUCGGGACGCUGGCCGACUCUGUGGGCCACCACCUCAACCAGCCGGAGUACAUCCAGAAGCUGAUGCCACCCCUCAUUCAGAAGUGGAACGAGCUGAAGGAUGAGGAUAAGGAUCUCUUCCCUCUGCUCGAGUGUUUGUCGUCGGUGGCGACGGCGCUGCAGAGCGGCUUCCUGCCCUACUGUGAGCCCGUGUACCAGCGCUGCGUCACCCUGGUGCAGAAGACUCUGGCCCAGGCCAUGAUGUACAGCCAGCAGCCUGACCAGUACGAGGCCCCCGAUAAGGACUUCAUGAUCGUGGCUCUGGACCUGCUCAGCGGCCUGGCCGAGGGCCUGGGUGGACACGUGGACCAGCUGGUUGCCCGCAGCAACAUCAUGACCCUGCUCUUCCAGUGCAUGCAGGAUACCAUGCCGGAGGUGAGGCAGAGCUCCUUUGCUUUGCUGGGUGACCUGACCAAGGCCUGCUUCCCCCACGUCAAGCCCUGCAUCGCUGAGUUUAUGCCCAUACUUGGGACUAAUCUGAAUCCUGAGUUCAUCUCGGUGUGCAACAACGCCACCUGGGCCAUCGGCGAGAUCUGCAUGCAGAUGGGUGUGGAGAUGCAACCGUAUGUGGCUCUGGUUCUCAACCCUCUUGUGGAGAUCAUCAAUAGACCCAACACUCCCAAGACCCUCCUGGAGAACACGGCCAUCACCAUCGGUCGCCUGGGAUACGUGUGUCCACAGGAAGUGGCUCCCAUGCUGCAGCAGUUCAUCCGGCCCUGGUGCACAUCUUUGCGCAACAUCCGUGACAACGAGGAGAAGGACUCCGCCUUCCGGGGGAUCUGCGUCAUGAUUGGUGUGAACCCUGGAGGGGUGGUGCAGGAUUUCAUUUUCUUCUGUGAUGCUGUGGCCUCCUGGGUGAACCCUAAAGAAGACCUACGGGACAUGUUCUAUAAGAUCCUGCACAGCUUUAAGGAACAGGUGGGAGAGGAGAACUGGCAGCAGUUCUCUGAGCAGUUCCCCCCCAUCCUGAAGGAGAGGCUGGCUGCCUGCUACGGCGUCUAGAUGCUCUCUCACCCCGCCGGCACGGGAAGCUUGUGUCAGAUUUAACCUUUAGGAGGGUUACCGGGGGAAACUCAUCCAUCUGUGUAUUGCACUGCCCUGAUUGUGGGGGAGAGGGACGUGAUUGGCCGCUCCACCUGACGGACAGACCCCACACCCUAUGUGUGUCCAUGUGGGUG